GAAACCGGUCAUACGGUAUGUUAAUAUUUUGAGUCGCAUACUUUUUGUGUUCGUGAGCGUUCGUGCGUUAAAAAUGUCUUCGUUUGAUCCGGAAAAUCACUCAACCCCGUCACCGACGACUGAAAAGUUGAUACAGUACCUUGCGACGCUCUCGGCUACCCUGGCCGCGGUGACUGCUGGUAAUUAUCUCGGCUGGUCAUCCCCAGCUCUCCCACUCUACAAUCAAAAGGAUACACUAACCUUGGUCGAGGACGAACAGUCAUGGGUCGGAUCCUUGCUCCCGCUGGGAGCUCUCGUGGGUGCCAUUCCCGCUGGAUGGAUAGCCGAUAAAGUAGGACGAAAAAAGGCCAUACUGAUGAUUGGCGUUCCUUAUUUGAUUUGCUGGUUCAUCAUAGGAUUUGCACCAAGCCCUUUAUGGUUGUUCGUGGCUCGAUUUUUUGCUGGAGCUGCAAUCGGGGCAACGACAGUCGUGGUUCCGUUGUACGUGUCCGAAAUUGCGGAGCCAGCCAUUCGAGGUACUCUUGGUGCGUUGUUCCAGCUCCAGAUCACGAUUGGCAUUUCGCUGGGAUAUUUGACAGGUUUGAUAAAAAAUUUGAAAUGGAUCGCCGUCACCUCAGCUCUUACACCGGCGGCUCUGCUGCUGGUUUUUCUCUUCAUGCCGGAAACGCCGGUGUGGUUAAUCGGCCAAGACCGUCGAGAUGACGCGGAGAGAGCCAUGGAGCGACUUAGGGGCAAAAGUUACCCCUUUCAGCAGGAGCUUGCGCAGCUCGAGAGCAAUAGAAAAUCUCAGAGGAUGCAGAAGGCUAGCUUUGCCGAGUUGAAGAAUCACAAAAGGGCCGUGCUGAUAUCCUUCGGACUUAUGAUUCUCCAACAACUGUCUGGAAUAAAUGCCGUAAUCUUUUACGCCGAGGAACUUUUCAAGGCCGAAGGGUCGGCUCUUAGCCCAACGGCUUGCACGGGCAUCAUGGGUGUCGCCCAGGUCUUCGCAACCUGCGUAUCCAUGCUGCUGAUCGACAAAGCCGGCCGAAGAAUUCUUCUCAUGACCAGUUCCAGCGUCAUGGGUCUUUGUCUUAUUGCCGUCGCCCUGCAUUUCUAUUUUCAGUCUGGAGUACAAUCGACCGGCAUCCCAUGGGCGCCUCUGAUAUUCUUAACGAUCUACGUAAUCAUGUUCGCCAUCGGAUUUGGACCAGUGCCUUGGAUCAUGGUGAACGAAGUGUCGCCGACAAACGUCGUGGGCACAAUCGGUUCCGCGGCAGCGAUGUUGAAUUGGUCGCUGGCCUUCGCGGUGACAAAGAUUUUCAUCAACAUGAAACUCGUCAUUGGCUUGCCGCUGUCAUUCGGCAUGUUCGCAUUGAUAUGCUUAACCGGUACUAUUUUCAUCGCGGCUAUCAUACCCGAAACAAAGGGCAAGACCAGGGAGGAAAUUCAGAUGAAAUUGCACAGGAUCAGGAAGAUGGAAACGAAAAACGACACCGUCGCUAACGACCAAACUACGCUGUGAUCUAGUAACGAUCGCGAGGUCAUCAUGGAGUCACGGGAUAUGAUAAGACGGAAUGGAAUGGGAUGAGUUCGACGGACGAAAGGGGCGCUUAUCGCUCAUCCCCUGAAGAACAGCGAAAAAUUCAAGAUUCUCGUUUCGAGCAAGGAAACCCGGGUCCUUCUUUUAUCAUGUUGAUGGGGUCCCGUGCCAUCCAAUGUCACACUGUUGGUCCUCGUGGUCCUUCUCAUUUUUUAACUCAGACUCUAUUACCACGGACUCUUCUUCUUUACAGGGAUGCAAGUGACCUAUAACUUAGACCCAAGAUUACUCUGAAUUGGGGUUGUGGCUUGAUUUGUUACUAAAGCAACUGCGGAUGCUUCAUUUCUUCUACUUUCGGACCUGAAUUCUGUCUCUCAUUGCAUUUCUUGUUGUAAUGACAAAGCAUUGAUCCGUUCUUGAUCUAAUUAACGGAUGGUUUUCACUGUGUUUUUUCAUCCGUUUUUCCCUUCGUAUUCUAAUAGAAGGAAAACCUGAAACAAUCACCUUACCACCAGGUCCCUUAAUGCACUCGGAUCAAGGAUUUAAACCGAAUAGAAAUUUCACGCUGUAAUUUCGGUCAUCGAUAAUUUCGAUUUUUGUCCACCUUCACUGGCUCUUGUACAUGAGUGUUAAUCCCGAAUCGAUCAUUUUAUAUCGAGGAAAAAGUAAAGAAUGAAAUGUCUUUUUUUCAUUUGUAAAAGCUUGUAUGACUCUGACAAUUAAGUGAAUACGAUAUGGUAUAAGUACCCCAUGAAUAUUUAUAAACUGAUUUACCGAUUUUAAUGGAUUUAUGGAACAUACUACUGGCAAAAGAAUGACACAAACCUUUUGUCAUAACUUUAUCAUUAGUAUAUUUCAACAUUAUUGACUUCUCAGAGUUCGUCAUAAAUAUUAGAUUUAAUUGUAUAU